AUGCAAAAUAUUGUGAUUCAUCAGUUCCAAAUUAUGAAGUUGAAAACGCAGAUGAGAGUGUGAAUGAAAACGCAGAUGAGAGUGAAAAUUAUAUUACCUUUGAAGAAAAAAUAUAUACUACUGAUAAAUUUAUCGAAUUUCUAAAAAAAGAUACUCAUUAUAUUGACGAUGAUUUUUCACACCAAUUCGAAAAUAUAUGUGAAGAUAUUCGUGCUUUACAACGAAACAUAAAAGAUGUAAAAUAUGGAAGGGACCAUAAUAUUUAUGGUGGUGUCCAUUGUAUUGAUGGGGUCUGGGCUGAUGAUUCUCAUCAAAACCUUUGUCGAAAUUCAUUUAGUUUUCAAAUUAGAGCCGAAUAUAAAAAAAGUAGUAAAAAUUCGACGAAAAUUAGUACUUUAUGA